UGGAACAGAAAUCAAACAGCAGGAUUUUUUGCAAUGCAUAGGAAAGAACAGUUGAUAGGAGUAGGACUAUAGGAGUACGAAACCCAAGUUCAGUCACAGCCACAGGUAUGCUGACACUCCUGCCCCUUCGCUUGCCAUUCUCGCUACCUGUAGCCGCCACACUCCCGAACGCCGCCUUGCUCCUCCCGGCAAGCACCAGGGUCUCCCUCCGCCAGAUCACGCAGGGAGCCAGCAUGAACGCUGCCGCCGCCUCCUCCGCUCCGGACGCUGCUGCGGCCGCCACUGGCGAGGAGGGCGCGAAGGAGGCCGUGGACGUGCUGGUCCAGUACGUGGUCCUGCGGCGCGAUCUGGCGGACGCGUGGCCGCUGGGGAGCGUCGUGGCGCAGGGCUGCCACGCCGCCGUGGCCGCCGUGUGGGCGCACCGGGACCACCCGGACACCGCCGCCUACUGCGCGCCCGACAACCUCGACCGAAUGCACAAGGUAACACUGGAGGUGAAAGGAGAGACACAGCUGAAUAACCUGGCUGAGAAGCUGGCAGCAGCUGGUGUCCGGCACAAGCUGUGGAUAGAGCAGCCUGAGAACAUCCCAACAUGCAUAGCUACAGCACCCUGCCCAAAGUCGCAGGUUUCUUCUUUCUUCAAGAAGCUCAAGCUUUGCAAAUGAGCAAAGAACAACAGUUGUUCAUUGCUCCGUCUGCUACUGUCAUUACGGAGGAUCAUCAAAACUUUCAAAACUGCCCAUGUAUGUUUCAUGACAUGUUCUGCUAGCAACAAGCCAUAGAUAAUUAGAUAUCUCAGUGAUGUAAUGGAGAUAUUUGUGUCGUUAUUCGCCUUGCUGAUUUUACAUGAUUGUCCAUUCACUUACUGUGUACCUGUCUCAGCAGUUAAUUAAUGCGAAUAAAUUGAUGAAGUAUUUUCGGAUUGAA